AUGAACUUUAGUCAAAUCUUUCCAGGAGUGAUAUUUGCUUAAUUUUCACCAAAUAGUAAGUUUAUAGUGUUAAGCAAUGGAACAAGAGUAAUUGUCAAAGAAACUGAAUAAUUAUAAUCUAUAAAUUUUAGUCAUUCAUAAAUCACAGAUGCUUAAAUUUAAUAAAUAGAAAUAUCACCAAAUAGUGAAUUAGUUGCAUUAAGUUAUCCUAAAAAGGGAUAUAUAGAAAUUAGAAAGUUAGAUGAUAGAAAUUGGUGUGCAAGAAUUGAUGAUAGUAUUGAAUUGAUUUAAUGGUAUCCAGAUUCUAUUUAAUUAGCAGUGAUUAGUGAAUUUUAAGUAAAAAUAAAUUAAUACAAAAUAGAUUAAAGCAUCAAUUUACAAUUUAAAUAAUAAAAAUGUUACUCAUUUUAAAAACCAAAAAUAAAUUUCAUUUAGUCAUAAUGGUAGAUUUAUGGUAAUGAGUGAAAGAAAGGAUGAGAAAGAUUUUAAUGGAGUUUAUAGUGUGAGAGAUUGGAAAUUAUUAAAUUAUUAAUCUUCAGAUACUUUAGAUACAGCAUUAUUAUAAUGGUCUUAUAAUGAUUCAUUCAUAGGUGUUUAAGACACAGAAUUGAAUGUAAGAAUAUAAAUAAUAAUAUAUUAAUUAGUUUCGUUUAAAUCUUCAUUGUCCUUGCUAAGGAUUAUAAAUGAGAUUUGAACCAUACACAUAUUCUUUAGGAAUAAAAGUAAGUAGAUUUGGUAACUAAAGUGAUUUAAUGGCAGUUGGAGCAAAUGAUGAAAAAUUAAGAAUAAUAAAUUUAUUAACUCUUAAAUAAAUAACAGAAUUAGAACAUAAAAUAACAAAAGAUGUAUUAAUAUAUAAAGAAGAGGAAUAUUCUGAUUAAUAUUCAUAGAGAGUAGUUACAAAAUGUAUAUUAAAUGAUAAUAAUAUAAUUAGUUACUUAAAUGGAAUAGGGUUGUAAAAUAAAUGUAUCAAAAACAUAAAAUGGUAUUAGUUUGUUAGAAUGGAGUUAUAAAGAUGAUUAUAUAGCUACAAAAUUUGAUGGUAUGUAAAAUUGUGUAUUUAUUUGGGAUAUGGAAUUAUUAACAUUAAAAGCAAUAAUGGUUUAAAUAUUACCAAUUAAAUUUUUUACAUGGUCAAAGAAUUCUACAACUUUAACAGUAUGUACAGGAAGUAGUAAGAUUUUCUUUUGGAAUCCUAAUUGUACAUCUGCUUGUGAUAUGCCAUUUGAUAAAAAUUUCCAUGUUGUUAAAAUAGAUUGGAGCAGUGAUCAAAAAAGUAUGUUACUUUUUGAUAAAUCUGAUGUUGUAGUUGCCUAUCCUGCUCUAGAUGAUAGUUUUUGA